UCAACUUGACAAAAAAUUAUUCCCUUAACAAUUAUUUCUUUUUUUAAUGAAAAUACAAUUAUUUAUAUAACAGUUAUUAUUUCUUCAAUAAUUAGAUCAAUUCAAGGAAUUUAUCAAAAUAACCUUCGCAAAAUUUUUGCAUUCUCAUCAAUUAACCAAACCAGAUGAUUAACCAUUAACUCUACUAUAUCUAUUUAUCUAAUAAUUAUAUAUAUAUUAAUAUACAUAAUAAUUUUAUUUUCUAUUAUUAAUAUAUUUAAUAUAAAUAAUUUCUAUUAUAUUAAUAAUCUUUAUUUAUUAAAUAAUUAUCAUUAUUUAAUAAAAUUAUUUUUAUUUUUAAAUAUUUUAUCAUUAGCUGGACUACCUCCUUUUAUAGGAUUUAUUACAAAAAUUAUUUCAAUUAAAUUUUUAAUUUUUAAUAAAAUAUAUUUAAUUACCUCCAUUCUAAUUAUCUCUUCACUAAUAACACUAUUUUUCUAUUUACGAUUAACUUAUACUUCAAUAAUUUUAAUUAAAUCAAAAUUUAACCCUUUAAUAAUAAAUAAAUAUUCAGAAAAUUUUUCUUAUAAAUCAUAUUUUUUUAACCAUACUAUCUUUUUAAUUUUAUUUACUACAAAUCACAAAAAUAUUGGAAUUCUAUAUUUUAUCUUUGGUAUUUGGGCAGGAAUAUUAGGAACAUCUUUAAGAUUAAUUAUUCGAGCUGAAUUAGGAACCCCAGGACCAUUAAUCAAUAAUGAUCAAAUUUAUAAUUCAAUUGUAACUGCACAUGCUUUUAUUAUAAUUUUCUUUAUAAUUAUACCGAUUAUAAUUGGAGGAUUUGGUAACUGAUUAAUUCCUUUAAUACUUGGAGCUCCUGAUAUAGCAUUUCCUCGAAUAAAUAAUAUAAGAUUUUGAUUACUCCCCCCAUCUUUAACAUUACUACUAAUUAGUAGAGUAAUUAAUCAAGGAGUAGGAACAGGAUGAACAGUAUACCCCCCAUUAUCAAAUAAUCUCUAUCAUAGAGGACCAUCAGUAGAUUUAGCUAUUUUUUCUUUACAUUUAGCAGGAAUAUCUUCAAUUAUAGGUGCAAUUAAUUUUAUUUCAACUAUUAUUAAUAUACGACCACUAGGAUUAAAUUUAGAUCAAAUAUCUUUAUUUAGAUGAGCUGUAGGAAUUACAGCUAUUUUACUUCUAUUAUCUCUUCCUGUCUUAGCAGGAGCUAUCACUAUACUUUUAACAGAUCGAAAUUUAAAUACUACAUUUUUUGACCCUGCAGGAGGGGGAGAUCCAAUUUUAUACCAACACUUAUUUUGAUUUUUUGGACAUCCAGAAGUUUAUAUUUUAAUCUUACCUGGAUUUGGAAUAAUUUCCCAUAUAAUUUUUUCAGAAACCGGAAAAAAAGAAACAUUUGGUAUACUGGGAAUAAUCUAUGCAAUAACAGCAAUUGGAAUUUUAGGAUUUGUAGUUUGAGCACAUCAUAUAUUUACAGUAGGUAUAGAUGUAGAUACUCGAGCAUAUUUUACAUCUGCAACAUUAAUUAUUGCAGUACCCACUGGUAUUAAAGUAUUUAGUUGAUUAGCAACCUUACAUGGAUUUAAAUUUAAUAAUUCCCCAACAAUAUCAUGAUCAAUUGGAUUUAUUUUUUUAUUUACUUUAGGAGGUUUAACAGGAAUUACUCUAGCAAAUUCAUCAAUUGAUAUUAUUUUACACGACACAUAUUAUGUAGUUGCUCAUUUUCAUUAUGUACUAUCUAUAGGAGCAGUAUUUGCUAUUAUAGGUGGAUUUAUUCAUUGAUACCCUUUAAUUACAGGAUUAACAUUAAAUCCUUUUUGAUUAAAUAACCAAUUUAUAUUAAUAUUUAUUGGUGUUAAUACUACAUUUUUUCCUCAACAUUUUCUAGGAUUAUCAGGAAUACCACGACGGUAUUCAGACUAUCCUGAUGCAUUUUUAUCUUGAAAUAUUAUCUCAUCAAUUGGAUCAUUAAUCUCUUUAAUAAGAAUUAUAAUAUUUAUUUUUAUCUUAUGAGAAUCAUUAAUUUCUAAUCGACAAAUUAUUUUUAAUGAAAAUAUAAUUUCAUCAAUCGAAUGAUUACAAAAAUUUCCACCUAUGGAACAUAGAUACACAGAAUUACCAAUUCUAAUUAAAU